ACUGCUAGCGGAACACAGCCCCCAUAUUGAGCUUGGCUGCGAGCAGUACGGUUGUAGUAAGCUGCACAUACCCAGGGAUGGUCUUCCUUUAAUGCAUUUAUAUUAGACACAGAUGGUAAGGGUACAGUAGGGGUUUUAUUUAGGAACAGUGCACCAUAACUUGUUGAGCGAUGUCGACGCGGUCGGAGAGAGAGAAAGCCCAGAAACUGAAUGAGCAGCAUCAGGCCAUUCUGUCCAAAAUGCUCCGAGAGGACGACAACAAGCACUGCGCUGACUGCGAGGCUAAAGGUCCGCGAUGGGCGUCGUGGAACCUGGGGGUCUUCAUGUGUAUCCGCUGUGCUGGCAUCCACAGGAACCUGGGCGUCCACAUCUCCAGAGUYAAAUCUGUCAACCUGGACCAAUGGACCCAAGAACAGAUCCAGAGUAUGGUAGACAUGGGGAACAACAAGGCCAAACAGCUGUACGAAGCCCACCUCCCAGACACCUUCAGACGUCCACAGACCGACCAAGCAGUAGAGUUCUUCAUCCGGGAUAAGUACGAAAGGAAGAAAUACUACGACCAGAACGGCCUCAAAACAGCUUCAAAGUCGUCUGAUGCCGCUGCCUUCUCUACCUCUCCCGCCUCACAGGCUGCUGAGAAGAACAGACAGGAGGUCUGAUGUUUUGCCGUCGUGCCACCCGG